AUGGCGGAACUCUCCAAAGAAGCUAUUAUUCUCAUCGUUAUCGUCGGCUGCGUUGUUUCGGUCCUGAUCGGCUACUCGAUCCAUUUUAUCUCCACGAACGGCUUCCGCGAUGACCAGACCGAAGAGGAGAUGACGUACGAGCAGAAGGAGUAUAUGCGAAGUCUGCGGCUGAAGAAUAUGGAGAUGCUGGCUGGGCAGGCUCGAGUGAAGAUCUCGAGGGAUCCUUGA